CAGCGCCACCUGGCGGCAAUAAUAAACAGGAAGAAGCAGACAUGUAAAUAUCUCGAUGACUGACAACAACAGAUCGGAGUUUGAUUGAUAAAAUGCCUCGACACAUCAGGGAUAAGACAACGGGAUGACAAACCAGGGUAACCCCAGUCGAUUUGCGGACUAUUUCGUGGUCUGUGGGCUGGAUGCGGGGUCUGGAUUAGAGCCGGAUACGCUAUCAGGUGACAAUUUGCAGUGCCCUCCCCUUGACAGACCAUUCAAGUCCAAAGUGCUGUUACACUUUCCUCAGUCAGUACCAUGGAGUCCAUUCGACAAAGACGCUGUCGGCAUGCUCUCCUUGCCAAAAGGAUUAACAUUUCGAACACAAAGAGAUUCACGUCGACCCAAGUUCCAUUCCUUUAUCAUUACAAAAGAAGAUGGAAGCCGUAACUUUGGGUCAGCCUUUACUUACUAUGAGGAAGUCAAUGACAAGAAAAUUAGUGCUGCCAUGGAGACACUCCAGCAUAUGUACCAGGCUGAAGUGACGAGCUGUUCUAUGGAUAGUGGACGCUCGUCAUGCGACACAAGUCCUCGACCUGGACAUGACCGGCGACAAACAAGUCCUAGAGACAGUGCCCGCACUUAUAACCCAGAAAAGGACAAACUUUUUGUGACAAAGACAAUCUGUCUCAUCAUGCAGAUGCCAUUUGUGAGAGCAUCACGGCAGUUCCUACGACAGUUGUACGAAGCGGUGUCAAAACCAUUAGACACACACCUGACGUUGGAGAGCUAUGUCUAUAAUAUACUGUAUGAAGUCCCACUUCCCCCUCCUGGUCGCAGUCUCAAAUUUUAUGGUGUUGAGAUGCCCAUCUUUUGUCAGAGGCCAAGUGUGAGUGAGCUGCCCUUGUUUGAUUUCUCCAUGUGGGACUUGUUCCGAUCCCUUGAAGUGAGGGACAUCAUCCAACUCUUCACCAGUGUCUUACUUGAACACCAGAUCUUAAUCUAUGCAUCUGAUUACCAGCGACUGAUGUUGGUGGCAGAGUGUAUGAACGCACUGAUUUUCCCAUUCGCAUGGCAGCAUGUUUAUGUGCCGAUCUUGCCUGCAUCACUCACCCACUUCUUGGAUGCUCCAGUGCCAUUCAUUAUGGGGCUUCACCAUGGCCGUGAGAGCCGCUCAGAGCUUGAACUUCCCAGUGAGGCUAACAUGUGUUUCGUGGACCUGGAUGAGAAGACGGUUGAAGUACCAGAAGAGUUACCAAGGUUUCCUCACCUACAGGAGCUGACAGAGGAGCUGGUUAAUGUUUGUGGUAUCCACCGGACACGACUAUACCGAGAAAAGGUAGAGACAGCCAAGACUGAGCCUGUGACAAACCCUAAACCGGCCAGUCCUCGUCGUAGUCUAAAUAAGGAGGACACAGUAAAAACUAACAAAAUGGAGAUACUUCAACAGAGUGAAGCUUUUGCUAAGAUAUCUGCACUUGCUAAGAAAACAGGUGUGUGGUCUUCUAUUGAGGAGUUCUCGGACAUGCCCAGCAAGGAUAGUAAGGAAAUGGGGUCACGUGACCCAUCGUCCAUGAGUGUAAAGGAAAUUGAGGACCUCAAGUUCAACAACACAGUGCGUGAGAUUUUCCUAAAUCAUUUUCUUCACCUGUUUAGUUCCUAUGAGACAUUUGUGAUACAGCCUAACCAGGACAUGGAUGCCUGGCUAAAUAACAGAGAGUCAAUGCAGAACUUUGACAAGGCAGCAUUCCUUAGUGAUCAGCCUGAGGGCUAUCUCCCAUUUCUGUCUUCGUUUACUGAGACACAGAUGUUUGCAACAAUGGUAGACAAUAAGAUUUUGAGUCAGUGGGAAGACCAGGAACCACAGCUACGAGUGUUUGACUCCAGACUAAAGAUUCUGAAGGAGGUUUUAGGGGAAAAUAUCACACACACAUACUCUCAGUGUACAACUCUAGUGGAUACAGAAACGAUGCUGCAGAAGCGUGUGAUAUAUAUAGACCAUGUGUCGCCCAAGCCCCACAGUCUCGAGGACCUGGAGAAGUCUGUUUCUAUAGAGCCAGGCAUCUUUCCCAAACUUGAUGGAGAGGUGCUCAACAAAGAGCCUGCGGCAGUCAAAGGGAAAUCUAGGGAGGGAGCCAAGUGGAGACGGAAGGACCGGCUGAUGCAACAUUCGGAACACAUCAAGCUGAACUCAGACCAGCGCGAGGCUCUAGCACAGAGGCAUGCCAAAAUGUGGCUCAAAUACAUGCAGGAGGCGAGAACUAAAGGUCUGCGCCAACCUAAACUGUCUGAUAUGUCGGCAGCCAGCAUGGCUCAGACCAACUGGAAAUUUGUGGAGACGCUUCUACAGGAGUGUAAGUCUAAGACAAAGCGUAUGUUGGUGGACAAGAUGGGCCAUGAGGCAGUGGAGCUGGGUCACGGUAAUAUCACAGGAGUUGAGGAGAACACUCUCAUCGCCAGUCUGUGUGACCUACUGGAGAGGAUAUGGGGACAUGGCAUACAGUUUAAAAAGGGGAAGUCUGCACUUUGGUCUCACUUGAAAAGUUUCCAGGAGUUAGAGGAGUGUAACCAAGGAAACAAGUUUCUGGACACCAACCUGCUAUCACCAGGGGAGGGAACUCAUCCUGUUCCUAAUGACAACUGGUUGGAGUGGGAACAGAGUCGAUGUAUAGAUAUGUCGGGGAUGUCAAUAACAGAUGGGACGCGGUCAUUGGAACGUAAAACUCAUCGACGUAAAGGUAGCACUGGGCGGAUAGAGUUGCCUACCCUGAACCCACUUCCCUCGUCAAUUACAUUUGAUUUAAGGAAGGUACAGCAGAUGACAGAGAUUCGGACCGAUGUGGGCUAUGCGAGGGCCUGGGUCAGACUUGCCCUGGAGAAAAAAGUUCUGUCAGCCCACCUCAAGAUCUUACUAGGCAAUGCUGAGCUUCUGAGGAGUUUGUAUAAGCGAUACGCAUUCCUGAGAUGUGAGGACGAGAGAGAACAGUUCCUGUAUCAUCUCUUGUCUCUGAAUGCUGUUGACUAUUCCUGCUUCACCAACAGCUUCACAAACACAAUGGUUCCCUACAAAAUCCUCAUCUACCCAUGUCCUAAGUUUGGAUGUUCUACAACGAGUGCAAACCCUUGGAUCAACCUGGCAGGCCAGGCUGGAGAAACAGGGGUCACAGAGAUAGCCAAGGGUCUCCUGGAGUUCAACCUUGAGCACAAAAACCUUGGUGUGUUGACAACAUUGAGAAUUGGCCAUGACAACAGUGGCAUGACACCUCGUUGGCUUGUUGACUACGUACUAGUACGCAACGACCUGACAGGACACGUCUACAAGUUUAACUGCGGUCGAUGGUUAGGGAAGGGUGUGGAUGAUGGGAGUACAGAGCGCCUCCUAGUGGCAGAAGUUAUCCCUAAAACAUCGGACAUGGAUGGACUGGACCUAGCUGUGCUAGCCUCUUCGUCGCCCAGGAGUAUGUCACCAAACUCACCCAAAAAGUCCUCAGAUCAGAAUUUGAAAAUUCCAAUGAUACAAGAAAUGCUUGGUCACGCUGUCAACAAUCUGGUAAAACACUACUACAAGCCAGAGAAAGAGCGUGGCAGUCUGACAUUCCUACUGUGUGGGGACCGGGGACUGGUACACUGUAUGGAGCUGGUAUUCCAAAGUGGUUUCAGAUCCUCACGACUCUUUCGGAACAAGUUCUUCAUCUGGGAUUAUCUAGAGAAGGUAAAGGGUCACUUUGAAUGUGUGCUGAGUGGGGAAGUGAGAAGGCCAAUGACAGAGGGAGCCAAGGCUGGCUACUGGCUCUUCUGUAACAUCCUUACUAAAAUAAACAGUGCUGCCGAAACUGUAGGCAAGGAUGGGAAGUUCCAGAUCUUUGUUUGUGUGGGCAUCAGGGACCAUGUGAUACAGAAAAUGCUUCCUCUGAUAGCAAACACCCCAGUGACAGCGACCAUGUUUGAGGAACACUCGUUCUUUCGUGACCAAAGCCUUACCAACUACCUCGUACACAUCCUUGGCACACUGGAUGAGUUCCACAUCGUACUAGAGGCGUCACUGUUACGAGGAUUGUCCAUUUAACUAUGGAAGACAUCAUUCUUACCAAGAUUAACUAGCGGAGACAUCAUUUUUACGAGGAUUUAAUUAGCAGAGACAUCAUUUUUAUGGGGAUUUAAGAAGCAGAGGCAUCAUUUUUAUGGGGAUUUAACCAGUGGGGACCUCAUUUUAAUGUGGAUUUAACUAGGGAGACAUCAUUUUUACGAGGAUUCAAUAAUGGGUGACAUUAUUGUAAUAGUGAUUUAACAAGCCAUGACAUCAUUCUUAUGCAGAUUACAGAUAACAAAACAAUCGAACAUGUUAUAUACAGAAUAUUCUUUAUAGACCAUUUUAACAGACGGUUCUUAGGAAAUCGCCAACCGGUAUCAUCCCAAUACUAUGUCAGGGGUGGCCAGCAGGUAUCAUCCCAAUACUAUGUCAGGGGUGGCCAGCAGGUAUCAUCCCAAUACUAUGUCAGGGGUGGCCAACAGGUAUCAUCCCAAUACUAUGUCAGGGGUGGCCAACAGGUAUCAUCCCAAUACUAUGUCAGGGGUGGCCAACAGGUAUCAUCCCAAUACUAUGUCAGGGGUGGCCAACAGGUAUCAUCCCAAUACUAUGUCAGGGGUGGCCAACAGGUAUCAUCCCAAUGCUAUGUCAGGGGUGGCCAACAGGUAUCAUCCCAAUACUAUGUCAGGGGUGGCCAACAGGUAUCAUCCCAAUACUAUGUCAGGGGUGGCCAACAGGUAUCAUCCCAAUACUAUGUCAGGGGUGGCCAACAGGUAUCAUCCCAAUACUAUGUCAGGGGUGGCCAACAGGUAUCAUCCCAAUACUAUGUCAGGGGUGGCCAACAGGUAUCAUCCCAAUACUAUGUCAGGGGUGGUGACAAUACUUAACUACCAACAUCUCACCAUCCUACAGUUCACAGGGUCAAUUACAAAAAAUAACCAACAGAGAAACAUUAAAUGUAGCACCUCCCAACAGCUUAUCAGUUUUGAUGUAGAAAAGUCACAGAAUUGAGUAAUGGCUAAAAUAGGACAGUGAUAGUUGUGUUCUUUUGUUUAGCCUCCUUACAUCAGUCUCCUGUGUAUUGUGCCGUUAUCCAGUUUUGUGGUUUUGGGGAGAGAUAAGUCUUUCAGUAACGAUACUAAUCCAGUAGUUUAAUAAUUAUAUUUCUUGUAGUUGAAGAAAAGAAUAAGAUGGCAUAGCUUAUUUCAUCUAAAAUAGACGGCUCUGUUAGAAUUAAUACUUUCCACUAUAGAUAUACUUAGUUAGCUCUGUUAGAAUGAAUACUUUCUGCUAUAGAUAUAUUUAGUUAGCUCUGUUAGAAUGAAUACUCUCCAUUAGAUAUACUUAGUUAGCUCUGUUAGAAUUAAUACUUUCCACUAUAGAUAUACUUAGUUAGCUCUGUUAGAAUGAAUACUCUCCACUAGAUAUAUUUAGUUAGCUCUGUUAGAAUGAAUACUUUCCACUAGAUAUACUUAGUUAGCUCUGUUAGAAUGAAUACUUUCCACUAGAUAUACUUAGUUGAGUAUGAGAUUUUGGAUUAGAAUCAACUUUCUGUUUCCCUGUUAAACUGUCAAUAUAAUGAGAUGUAGGAUUAGAAUCAACUUUCUGUUUUCCUGUUAAACUGUCAAUAUAAUGAGAUGUAGGAUUAGAAUCAACUUUCUGUUUCCCUGUUAAACUGUACCGUAGUAUUCCUCACAUGUUCCUAGUCCCAUUUAUUUAUCGGUUUUUAAAAAAAAAUGUGUGUGUUUCUAACAGAGAAAGUUCCUUUAUUUUAGUACCAGUGCUACCCUGUGAUGAGUUGCCUCCUCUUAUAUGAACCAUACAAGUGGAGGCCAUACAUGCCCUCCCUUGGAACCCCACUUCAGUCAGAUAUUUUUUUUUUCUGGCUUGGCAUUCAACAAACAGAAGUACCCUGUCCUUGAUAAGGACCUCCUAGUUACCUUUAUUUAACAUUACAUACAUGUAUGUUACAUGUACUUAACUUGUGAUAAACAUUCUUGUGUUAUGAGCUAAUGUAGAAUUAUUUUUGUUGUAUUUUUGUCACAGAAUGAUGCUGUUGGCAAUACUGUUGGCAUUUAUUAGUCCCCUUUGAUAAAACUGUAGAUAACUUUAAGUUUCUUCCUAUCCGUCUGUGUGUCCGUCGGUCUGUCAAACCGUCUACUCAGUUUUCCACACUUUUCUCAGUCAUGCUUCAAAAUAUGCUGGUGAAAGUUGGUAUGUAACUUAAGUAUGAGUAGCUACAGAUCAAGUUUGUGUUUCAGGGUUUUUGGAUCAAGAUCACUGCGGGGGCUGGUAGGGGACAUGUAUUGCUUUAGCAAUACGCAGCAUGCUUGUUUAAUGAAAAUAGAACAUGGAUCUAAGUAGGACAUGGUUUUAACAUAUCCAAGGGAUCUCUGUACAACCCAGCUAUACAAAGCUACAACCCAGCUAUACAAAGUAACAGCCCUGCUAUAUAAAGUUACAGUCCAGCUAUCCAACACUACAACCCAGCUAUACAAAGCUACAACCCAGCUAUACAAAGUAACAGCCCUGCUAUAUAAAGUUACAGUCCAGCUAUACAAAGUAACAGCCCUGCUAUAUAAAGCUACAGCCCAGCUAUAUAAAGUAACAGCCCUGCUAUAUAAAGUAACAGCCCAAAUAUAUAAAGUAACAGCCCAGCUAUACAAAGUUACAGCUCAGCUAUAUAAAGUUACAGCCCAGCUAUAUAAAGUAACAGUCCAGCUAUAUAAAGCUUCAGCUCAGCUGUAUAAAGUAACAGCCCUGCUAUAUAAAGUUACAGCUCAGCUAUAUAAAGUUACAGCCCAGCUAUACAAAGUUACAGCCCAGCUAUAUAAAGUUACAGCUCAGCUAUAAAGUAACAGUCCAGCUAUAUAAAGCUUCAGCUCAGCUAUAUAAAGUUACAGCUCAGCUAUACAAAGUUACAGCUCAGCUAUAUAAAGUUACAGCCCAGCUAUAAAGUAACAGUCCAGCUAUAUAAAGCUUCAGCUCAGCUAUAUAAAGUUACAGCUCAGCUAUAUAAAGUUACAGCCCAGCUAUACAAAGUAACAGCCCAGCUAUACAAAGUAACAGUCCUGCUAUAUAAAGUAACAGCCCUGCUAUACAAAGUAACAGCCCUGCUAUAUAAAGUAACAGCCCUUCUAUACAAAGUAACAACCCUGCUAUAUAAAGUAACAGCCCAGCUAUAUAAAGUAACAGCCCUGCUAUAUAAAGUUACAGUCCAGCAAUACAAAGUAACAGCCCUGCUAUAUAAAGUAACAGCCCAGCUAUACAAAGUAACAGCCCUGCUAUAUAAAGUUACAGUCCAGCUAUACAAAGUAACAGUCCAGCUAUAUAAAGUAACAGCCCAGCUAUACAAAGUAACAGCCCUGCUAUAUAAAGUAACAGCCCAGCUAUACAACGUUACAGCUCAGCUAUAUAAAGUAACAGUCCAGCUAUACAACGUUACAGCUCAGCUAUAUAAAGUAACAGUCCAGCUAUACAAAGUAACAGUCCAGCUAUAUAAAGUUACAGCCCAGCUAUAUAAAAUAACAGCCCAGCUAUACAAAGUAACAGCCUUGGUAUAUAAAGACACAACCCAGCUAUAUAAAGCUUCAGCCCAGCUAUAUAAAGUUACAACCCUGGUUUAUAAAGACACAGCUCAGCUAUAACCCAGCUAUAUCUGGGGAAAUUUUCUUCCAAGUAAUCAAAUGAUUAUUGAUCAAUAAUUGAUCAUCAAUCAUUUAAGAAAUGUUGAUGAUGGAUCAUGAAAUUUAUAUUGAUUCCCAACACUAAUAACAAGUGUGUUACCCUGCAUUACCAGACCAAUCCAUCAAGUGUGUUACCCUGCAUUACCAGACUAAUCCAUCAAGUGUGUUACCCUGCAUUGCCAGACCAGUCCAUUAUUGUACGUACCUGUUAUAGAUACACUGUACAAUCUAGUCAGGUCUUAAGAGGCUCAGUAGAACACAUCACCACACUACAGUAUUUAUUGACCAAUGGGAUCUGUUCUAAUCAAUCUACCACUUAGUAUCAUAUCUCUGUGCCAUCUCCAUGUUUGGUGCACGCCAAGAUUUCUAGUCACUAUCUAUUAUGUACAGACAAUGGAUGAGUGUUCAUGAUCUUUGACUCCAUGUUAGGGGAACCAGGAUGGUAGGUUAUGAUAAACAGGAAUGAAGUGUGUGUACGAGGCAUGUUACUGUUAAACAGGGUAUCAGUGUGAUGAAGAUGAAACGAGUAAAGUGUAGGUGUACGCGGCUUGUACAUGUCACUGUUAAACAGGGCUAUUGUCAGUGUUCUAGUGAUGCAGUUUAUUAUGUGCAAUAUUUGUGAUCUAUAAGAUCACCACAAAUUUCUAUGUAAUUUAUUUGUUGUACAAGAUAAAAUACCAAACCCACCGACCCUAUACCUGUUAUAACCUGGCUACCUGGUUAACAGGAUAUUUUUAUCAUUUGCUCAACUUAGUUAUAACAAGUAGUAUUCUCUAUUUGUUUUUUUCUUCUUUCAUAUGGAUAUUGAUGAAAGUAUUUAUCUAGGAAAUGUUUCGGUUAUAUUUCUUUAUUACAUUGUUUUGAAUCAUUGUCAAAAUUAUGAAGGUCCCACUGCACUCGAACUUAUCAAAAUAUCACCAAUUAUUUACUAAGGAGGAGUUAGUCUCGAAUAGUUUCAGAAAUAUUAUUGGCUCUUUUUCAAUGUAUGUUAAUGUGGGAUUAGGAAUUGAAAGUUUCAUACUUUGACUUUUCUUGUAAGGAGUGUGACUUGUUUGUGUGGCAUGAAGUGUGACUUGUUUGUGUGGCUUGGAACGUGACUUGUUUGUGUGGCUUGGAACGUGACUUGUGUGGCAAGGAAUAGAUUUUUUUGUGCAACAAGAGGAGUGUGAUUUUUGGCGAGAAAGGUGGCAUGAAUUGUUUGUAGUAAGGAACAUGACUUGUGUAGAAAGGAGUGUAAUGUUGGUGUCUAAGAAAGGGUGAAUUGUGUCUGUGUCCAAAGGAGGGAUUGACUUGUAUCCUUUUUAAGGUAGACAGAUAAAGGUCUAAUACCUUCAUUGAAAUGUUUAUAUAAUUUUAGGUGUGUACCUUUUUCUCUUGGUAGAGGAAAUAUAUCUUGGAUCAAAAUCCUUGAUAUAAGCAGAAAUAAUUGAAGAUUGAUGUGAUAUGUUCUUGUCCUAUUUUAUGAAAUAUUUUUACACUUUAAAUCUUAUUGACUGACUGCGUGUUUAUAGUGACAUAAGAUUAUUUAAUGGUAUGUACCAAGGGUUUUAUAGACCUUGAUGGUGUUUAUAUUAUGGUCAGAUGUAGGUGGCUAGGAUCUGCAGAGAAUCUUGUAUUACAAGUAUAUUAUUUAAAAUGUUAUAAGUAAGAGUAUGGUUGUAUGGGAGAGCGAUAUGGUUGUAUGGGAGAGACGAUUUUUAUGUAUGGCUUUGUUUUGGUGGAUGAAUGCAUUGUACACCACUACAUGGACGAUAUAUUGUAUACUUAUACUAGGGUUGAAUGUACAGGAGGGUUAUAUUGUACAAACGUUACCAAGGGAGUGUCAUAUCAUGUGUGUUGCUUGCACAUAUAUUUUAAAAAUUUUGAUACUUGACGUUUACUAAGACAAUUAGUGUGUAUCCUAAGUAUGUAUGUGUGACACAUGUUGACCUUUGUUCAUGUGUAAUGACGGAAUUUGAUACUCAAUAUUUCCAAGAAGGCGUGCAUGCCGUUGAAUUGCAAUAAACAUGAUGAAUCCUUA